AUGGAAUCUGUGCAAUGCGAGCUAUACCUAUAUACACCCAGCUUGCCUCUGGCAUUGGUGGCUACCAUCAUAUUUUCGGUGUUGACGACGAUUCAUUUCCUCCGCAUGACUAGAGCUGGGACAUGGAGCGGUAUAUACUUUGUCUUUGGAGGCGUCGCACAAACAUCGGGGUAUACAGCGCGCAUAUUUUCAACACAGAACCCGUGCAAUCGAGUCGCCUACGGUAUCCAAUCUGUUUUACUACUAGUGGGACCGACUUUGAUUAUGUUCUCCGUCAAUUUGGCCAUGACUGAAUUUACUCGCGCUCUGAGCGCGGAGAGGUUCUGUUGGGUUCCGGUCAACGUACAGCGUCCACUAUACCUCAGUAUGAACACAAUCUUGGCUCUCAUUCAAGGCAUUGGAGCUAUUAUGACUGUUUCAUCAACCAACUUCACAAUCAUUGAAGCCGGAGCUAAAAUCGGAAUUGCAAUGUUUGUAAUCCAACUGGUAUUUUGGCUCUUUACUCUCGCAGAGAAUACGUAUAUAACAAUACGAUUGCGCCGUGGGCUGUCAGAGACCAGCAAAUCAGCAUUUCCAACCUGGAAGUAUUGGAGCCAACUUUUUGGACUUGCAGUUUCUAUCAUCGCAUUUGGUCGUAAUAUCAUGCGAUUGACCAUGAAUGGUGGGGUCGAAUUUCUUGUUGUCAACGAAUGGCCGUCAUAUGCAUUUGAUGGCUAUCAAAUGGCGGUAGUUCUGGGGGCGUGGGCAAUCUGGUAUUUACCAGGGAAGUGCCGAGAUGCUUCAGAAAUAGUGUCCAAUAGUAUGGGUCUUUCUAGACUUCAUACCGGAUAUUCAGAGGAUUCCAGGGAUUCGACGGAGAGCAGGGCUCAGAGGAGACAUGACAGGAUGCAGCGAAGAGAAGACAGACUCCGCAGAGGAAGAUACGAAGCUUGCUGA